AAGCAGUGAGUGGAGGGUCCAGAGAGCAGCAGCAGAGGCAGCUCGAGUGCUCCAGUCACUCUCUGAGCCGCGCAGGCAGCAGCAGCAGCACACGAGCGCUCCAGUCACUCUGUCUCAGCCGCGCGGGCAGCAGCAGCUCUAGCAGUCGCCGCCGCAGCAGUAGGAGCAGAGCCAGCGCUCGUAACAGUCACAGCAGAAACAGCCGCGGCCAAAAACUCUCUCUCCGUUCUCCGGACCUCAUUCAUUUUUUUUUUCCUUUCUUUCCUGGACUUGAUAAAGGAGAGCAAGUGAACCGCUGCUACCGAAACAACAACAACAACAACAACAACAACAGAGCAAAACAAGCAAAACAAACGCAGACCUGGCUGCCCCCAUGCCUAUCGAAUUUGUUUGCAAAAUCAAAUUUGCAGAGGAGGAUGAGAAGCAGAAAGCCAAGCAGGACGGGGACACGGAGAGCCUGAUCGAGGAGAGUUGCGCGCGGCCGGUCAAGGACUUGGCCGGCUUCGCCAACUCCUGCUCUCUCCAUGGGAUUAACCACAUCUUCGUCUCGGGCCGCCUGGGCAUCCGUCAGACCCUGUGGGCGCUGGCCUUCGUGGCCUCCCUGGCGCUGUUCCUCUACCAGGCGGCCAAGUGUGCCAUCUCCUACCUGGAGCAUCCGCACGUCACGGCGCUGAACGAGGAGGCCAGCCCCGAGAUGGUGUUCCCCGCCGUGACCAUCUGCAACAUCAACCGCUUCCGCUUCUCCGCGCUCACCGACGCCGACAUCUACCACCUGGCCAACCUGACGGGGCUGCCCCCCAAGAACAAGGACGGCCACCGGCCCACCGAUUUGGAGUAUCCUGCCCCGGACAUGCAGGACAUCUUUAACCGCACGGGCCACCAGCUCGAGGAGAUGCUGAUGAGCUGCAACUUCAGUGGGCAGAACUGCUCGGUGGAUGACUUCUCUGUGGUGUACACUAGAUACGGGAAGUGCUACACCUUCAACGGCAACAAGAACACGUCCCGGAAAACCAAACAGGGCGGCAUGGGCAACGGGCUGGAGGUUAUGCUGGAUAUCCAACAGGAUGAGUACCUGCCCAUCUGGAGAGAGACAAACGAGACAUCCCUGGAGGCCGGCAUCCGUGUCCAGAUCCACAGUCAGGACGAGCCUCCAUACAUCCACCAGCUGGGUUUCGGGGUCUCGCCGGGAUUCCAGACCUUUGUCUCCUGUCAGGAGCAGAGGCUGACCUACCUGCCCCAGCCCUGGGGGAACUGCCGCUCCACCAGCGAGCAGAUGAUCCCGGGAUACGACAAGUACAGCGUCAGCGCCUGCCGGCUGCACUGCGAGACCCGCGAGGUGGUGCGGGAGUGCAACUGCCGGAUGGUGCACAUGCCAGGAACUGCAGAUAUCUGCCCGCCCAGUAAAAUCAAGUGUGUUGACAAAGCAUGGCCCCUGCUCCAGAAGAGCACCGGGGACACGUGCCCCUGCGAGAUCCCCUGCAACCUGACCGCUACGGUAAAGAGCUGCAUGGUCAAGAUCCCCAGCAAGGGCUCUGCGCGCUACCUCUCCAGGAAGUACGACAAGACAGAGGAUUACAUCAGGGACAACUUCCUGGUGCUGGAUAUAUUCUUCGAGGCUCUGAACUACGAAACAAUCGAGCAGAAGAAGGCGUACGACGUGGCAGGUUUAUUAGGUGACAUCGGUGGCCAGAUGGGUUUAUUCAUUGGGGCCAGCAUCCUGACAAUCUUGGAAAUACUCGAUUACAUCUAUGAGGUGAUGAAGAGCAGACUGCAGCGUCUACUGAGGCCCCGGAAGGAGAAGAGCAAGAGCAAGCCCCAGACUACCACCGUGGCCACCGUGGGCCUGGAGGACAUGAAAGCGAAGGAACCCAAUGACAUCAUCAGGACUCUCCCGGAAGGGGCAUACGCCAACACGAUCCUCCCGAACCACCAUCACCUCCACCACCACCACCCGCGACAGCAUCAGCCACCCCCACCGCCUCAACAACAACAACAACAACAACAACAGCCGCAGCUGCAGCAGCCACAACAACAACAACAACAUCCACAGCGCCACAGCGGGCGCCACAGUGUGUAUGAGGACUUUGCCUGCUAGAGCGCCCUUUCUUUCUUUGGUUAGUUACGUUUUUUUGAUUUCUGUUUCUUUCUUUCCUGUUCCUGAUGACAACAUGGAGACGCGUGUUCUCUCUGUUUGCGAGACGACAGAGGAAGGUGUAGGAGGAGGUUAGAGGAAAGCCGCAGGGGGGCCCCAAACCAAAACAAACACAUUUGGGUGCCGGCCCCCUUACUCUGCUGUCACCAGGUAAAACAUAAAUACGAAAUAUCACCACACAAGAAGAAGCUACAGCCAAAGCCUAACACCAAACAUGCGCCACUAACUGACCACAUGUACUCUCCAGUACGUAGGCACAAAUCGGGACUCUGAAUAUUGGUAUAGUUUUGGUUCUCCUCGUCGUGGUCACCACGCGGUCUCAGCUCCGGGGAGCGAGUGGGAUUUGAUCGGGGUUUCUUAUUUGUUCUUUCUUUUCUUUUUUUUCUGCAUUUCACCACAUGGGAGCGGGAAAGGCAUCCAUGGCGUCUUACUCACGUUUACAAGUAAUGGCAAACGAGAGAAAAUGGAUAUUUGAUUCAUUAAUUCAUUGAUGCAUGGGACGCCGUGCUGUUUGUGUCAGCGUCUCGGUCUCUCUCUCUCUCUCUCUCUCUGUCUGUAGCUCUCUAUGUCCCUGUCUCUGUCUACCUCUCUAGCUCUGUCUCUCUCUCUCUCUCUCUCUAGCUCUCUCUGUCCCUCUCUGCCUCUCUCUCUAGCUCUCUCUGUCCCUGUCUCUCUCUCUCUCUCUCUCUCUCCUCUCUCUCUCUCUCUGUCCCUGUCUCUCUCUCUCUCUCUCUCUCUCUCUCUCUCUCUCUCUCUCUCUCUCUCUCUCUCUCUCUCUCUCUCUCUCUCUCUCUACUCCAAACUCUUGUUUUAUUUUUCAUCGCUGCUGGAAAUUCCACUUUACCAUAAACCACAACACCGCUGUAAUUAAUGUAAUUAUUUACGGAGCUAUUCUGAUUAGUCAUCUAUAUUGUAUACAAGAUGAAAGUAUAUCAAGAGAGAAACCUUAAUACAUCAGUUUGUGUGAAUGUGUGUGUGCCUGCGUGCGUGCGUGCGUGUGUGUGUGUGUGUGUGUGUGUGUGUGUGUGUGUGUGUGUGUGUGUGUGUGUGUGUGUGUGUGUGUGUGUGUGUGUGUGUGUGUGUGUGUGUGCGUGUGUUUGCGUGCGUUUGAGGGCGGGGGUUAAGAAUUAUUUAAGCUUAAUCGUGUUACCUUGUCUUUACAAAUUCUAGCAUCAUCCAUCCACACAAUACACUUCUUAGGGUUUGUGGUAAGGUGUUUAGAGAGUAGCAUAAUAACUGUAAAUAUAAUGCAACUUUGAAACUAAAGAGGAGGUCUAUAGAUAUGUUGCAGUGGCUGUCGUUUAUGUUUGAAUCUUCUGUAAUAGUCACCUCAGUAACUUAUUUUACCUUUUGAAUAGAUAUUUAUGACAACAAUCAUGAUUGUAGCAACUACUGUAUACUUGCUUUUGAACGCUACCAAUCAACUGUCAGUAUAGCCGAUGUAUAUCAAUUGAGGCAAUUUAUAAUUCAAGCAAAGAAAAUGUUAUCUGCAAUAUUAUUUAACAUAUGCUCUUAUUAAUACUUUAUUAAGUAGAGUUCCAAUUCUGACGGGUGCUUUUGUUGACCUAAGACACGCCAUCGUGUGAACGUAAACACAUAAACCCACGCGUAAGCAAUAGCUGAAUGAUUUAUAUUGGUGUGUCUCCUUUUUUCAAACGUUCUCAACGUGAAUUCGGCAACGAUCGUGCAGUGACGAAGGUGAGCGUGCGUCAGUUCGGCCGUGCGGUGUGGUGACGUGCGCGCCCUCGAGGGCCCGAACAACACCAGACCGAGCCCGUCAGGCUCUAGUCUACAGCUGCCAGGAGAAGCGGGAAGGGGAAGGGGAAGAAUGCAUUUUUAUCUAAACUUGUUAUUUUCCUGUCCUGCCAACUUCUUUCCUCGUGUGUUCCGUUUUGUCUCGUGUUUAUCUUUAAACGGUUAUUACAACAAUUGGGACGGUUGUCAGAGAGAGGCUGCUCUUUAAAAGGUGGAAAAACGUUGCAUGGGCGAUGUUGUUUUGCAUCCAUUUGUUUCCUCAAAGAGAUUCCGCGGCGAUUGCUCUGUCACAUCGCGCCUCUCCGUCAAAUAAUCACGGACUAUACGUGUCUGUUUAAUAUUCAUAAUCAUGUGUCACUCUGACAUUUCCAAAAGGUUCCCAGUCACGGUCUCGGGUGGCAUGGUGUACAGACUAUGCAUAACAAUGUUCUCUUCUGUCAUCAAUAAUUGUAGCCAUCUUCUGACAAGUCACAUGGGAAGGGGGGUGGGUAUCAUCAAUGUAAAAGCUUUAGUUUGUAUGUCCAUCAUGUGACUGAAAUUGUCCUCAGACCUCUCGAGCGCCGAUCCCUCAGACCUGCAGAAGUUCCUCUAGUCUGCAUCGUAACGCGAUUACGCACCAGAUCCAAGACUCCAGGCAUUGGAUUUG